CAUUAGUUCAUGACUUACUAACAUUUUUAAAAAGGCCCCAUUUCUUUAUAGAAAGCUAAAAAUCUAAUUUAUAAGUUUUUAAAAAAUCAAUUGGGUUAUUAUAAGGAGUUUUAAUUUAGCAUUAUGAUUGAUUAAGUGUUUUAGGACAUUGACAUGUGACAUUUACGCCACAAGAAACGAUCAACCAAAUAGCAUGUAGAGGUUCUAAAGUUUUAUACACUUAUACAAUUUCUAUAAAAUGUAUGUCAAAUGUAUCGCAUAAGUGUAACUUUAUUUGAUCAAAUCACUUUCAGGUUAUUGAUUUAUUCACAUCAACUCAACAUGAUAGAAAACUCUUCAUUAAAUAUGGCCCUUUACCAUAGACUGUAUAUAUAGAGUCUAUAUAUAGAGCAUAUAUAGCCCUUUACAUUAAACUUAUAAUAUUUCAUUUAUAUGUAAUUGAAACGCACACUUACUAAUUAAGGCAAAACCUUUUUGUGAGUGUGGGAUAUAUGGAUGCCAGUAUGUCACAAAUGAGUAACAUUUGACUUUUCUUGAGGUAAUUUAAUCCUGCAGACUUUCCAACCACCAUUAGCUCCUUCUCUCUGACUCCAAAAGUCCCAAUGUCUUCAAAGUCUUCUCCAGGAUUUAUUUGUUCUCAGCUCACCUCAUGGCAAGGCAUCAACAAACAUGUCUGACAGAAGUGGUGGAUUUAGGGUCAGUGUCUGACCCGCGUUGCAUUCCUCACAUGCCUUCAUAUCCUCUCUCCUGCUGCUGAGAAAACCCAGAGUGAUCCCGGGUGGGGGUGACGCUGCUGUGGGAGCUGGGUCUGGAAUGAGGAGGCUCCACCCUCCGCCCCGGACCAUGUGGUUCCCAUCGCCCCUGUUGCUGUGCUUUGGAGGAGAGGACGCAGAGAACAGUGCCGCCGCUCAGACGGGUCGGUUUACUGGAAUCGGUCACAUUCAAGACUUUAGAAGAGACCGGCUCUGAUGAGACUCUUUAUGGGAAACUUCUCCGUCCCUGACAAACACUUCUAUUCGGAGUUUAACGUUUUUUAUUCGGGGCCCCUUUAUUCCCAGCCCCUGACAGGUGCGCACAGAGCGCGGGUAGGAUGGGCAGACGGGAGGCGGACAGCAGAGGCGCGAUGAACACCAGCGACCGCUCCGGGCUCGGUUGUCUGCAGGACGCGGCAUCCAGAGGCCACCGAGCCGGCGAGGGGUCCCCGAGGCUGGGCAGCCGCCGUCCCUGCAGCGCGGACAAGGCGCAGAGGCACCCGGAGAUGGAGGCGGUGGCCCGGGCGGCGACGGCCUCGGCGCCGAUGGAAGUGAAGAAGCACCAGCACAAACACAACUUGAAGCACCGCUACGAGGUGAUGCAGACUCUGGGCAAAGGCACCUACGGCAAAGUGAAGAAGGCGGUGGAGAGGAGCAGCCUGAACACGGUGGCGAUCAAGUCGAUCCGCAAGGAGCGCAUCACAGACGACCUGGACAAAAUCCACAUCCAGAGGGAGAUCGAGAUCACCUCCUCGCUAAGACACGCCAACAUCAUACGCUUCCACGAGGUGUUCGAGAGCCGGGAUAAGAUCGUGAUAGUGAUGGAGUAUGCCAGCAGAGGAGAGCUGUACGAUUACAUCCAGGAGAGAAGGAGACUGGCAGAGACAGAAGCCAGAAGCAUCUUCAGACAAAUCACAUCUGCUGUCCACUACUGCCACAAGAAUGGUGUGGUGCAUCGGGACCUCAAACUGGAGAACAUCCUUUUAGAUCAGGAUUUCAACGUCAAGCUGGCUGACUUUGGCCUCUCCAAUCACUUCCAGAGGGGCACUCUGCUGCAGACGUACUGUGGAAGUCCGCUCUACGCCGCCCCAGAGAUAGUGAAAGGACUGCCGUACCAGGGGCCAGAGGUGGACUGCUGGGCGCUCGGGGUGUUGCUCUAUGCCCUGGUGUACAGCAGCAUGCCGUUUUAUGGUGCGAGUCACUCCAUGCUCACUGAGCAGAUAAGCCAAGGUCGCUAUCACAGACCCAACCCCCCCUCAGACGCCUGCGCUCUUAUCGACUGGUUGUUGACGGUGCGCGUGGAUGAGAGGGCCACGAUAGAGGACGUGGCCAACCACUGGUGGGUGAACUGGGGUUAUGAAGAGAGUGUGUGUGACUGCCCUUCAUCUCCGCACCAAGAAUGUCCCUCCCCUCUGCUGGCUCGCUACAUCGACUGGCAGAAUCGGGUCGCUGCCGCCAGCAACAUGGCGGUCGACCCCGGGUGCCUGUCCUCAGACUCCGCCUGUGCAACCCAGCGCUCUCACCACCCGUUUUACCUGAGCUUACCUCUGAGGAGCGAUCGUAGCGGAGGGCGGGCACGUGGGGGGAUGUCCAGCCUCAGGAAGUCACGCAAGGAGAAUGCGAUUCCCCAGACGGCACAGGGAGCAUGUGGUGGUGUUUGUGCAGCAGCUGCCCCCUCUGCUGUGGUUUCCUCCACUUCCACUGUUGAAAGAAAGAAACCCAAAGGUAUUCUGAAACCCCAGCGGAGUUUUGACUCAGUCUUUCACAGCCCCCCUAAAGAAAACUCUCCCUCCCAGCUAUACAACGCUUCUCCCCAGCCUUAUCGAACACAUGCUGACGUCCUAUCCACCAGCCUGCCGUCCCCGUCAACAUUCAGCCAGCCCUCAUCUAAAAUGCCCAAGAAGGGGAUACUGAAGAACUUGUAUGGAGGGGAGUCAAGUUAUGGCUCCUCCUCAGGAAGAAGGGGCUCUGGAGCAGGAGUUAAAGAGAAUGAAGCAGGUGAUUUGUGCUCUUACGAACAGCACAGUUGUCUCCCGGCAUCAGGGGACAGUCCCACCAUGCGCACAGAGGCAGUAAGAAGAAGGAAGGGUAUUCUGAAACGUAAUGGCAAGUUUUCCCGCAGUCUGGAUCUCCCCGAUGACCACCACUCAUCUCCAUCUGUGGCCCCCGCGAUGUUCCCCGAGGUUCUGCAGCAGCUGCUCCGCGCCACAGGAGGCGCUGAGGGCAGGCGUAGCCGCCCCUCCAGCGUGGUGAGCGAGGAUAGCGUCUUCUCUUCCGAUUCCUUUGACUUGCUGGAUCUCAGCGCCCAGUCACGUCGCAGGAUUUUCUCCCGGGGGACCCAGCGCAGCUCCGAGGAGGACCUGGAUCAGCUGAGGGCUGAGGCGGACAGGGUCGGAGAAGGACAGAAGGACAGAAGGAAAUGCUGACAUGCGCUCGACAUGCGACACCUGUUCCUCAGUUCACUUUCCUGUGAUAAUCAUUGUCUGCCCCAAAAACUCUUAAAUGAAGUUUGCACCUCGAGAACAUUGUCAAUGUAAAGCACCAGUUCUCUGUAUUGAAAGAUGAAUUCAACAGUAUUCUUUGACAGUUUAACUGCAAUACAGACAGUGACGAGACAUUGAAAAGAGAUCCUGCACCUGCUGGAUUACAGACAUGGCACCUGAGUGUGGCAGAACGGACAGACGCUCUGUUGGAUGAACUCUAACCUCGCCUGCACAACAAAUCGUCUUUUUUAGAUUUUGCUGCAGUUUUCGGUUCAGAUGAGCCUUGAACAUCUGAGUGUCGAUGCUGUGGCACCGAGGUUUUUGGAAACAAUGACAAGUGUAACCAAGUGCCAUCUUGAAUAUGUGAGUCAAAGUGUAGGUCUGUCAAUAGUGGCAAGACAUGUAGACAUGUAGACACCUCUAUUGUGAGCGUGAAUCCUGCUAAAUAACACCACUUUUAAUGCAUUUUAACAUAUUUAAUAACCAGUGUUUAACUCACUGAAAUGUAGUUGUACGCAGAUAUAAGGACAUUUUAAACAUUUCUUAAUGUAUAGUACGUGUCAUCAAUUAUAACUUCUCCUGUAUUUUACAUUAUUUAAUUCUCUGUUUACACACCAGGCUUCACUGAUGACUGGAUACAAGAGGAGUUAUAGUUGCUGUUUACAAACACUUAUAUCUGUGCACAAGUACAUUAUAGAGUUUUAAUAAACCAGUCAUCAAAUGUUAUAUAUACUGCAGUUUUCUUCUUCCAAGUUAGGAAAUAGAAUAUUUACAGUUUGCAUGUUCCGGUUGAAAGCGUAUGACCUGCAAGAGAGACAAUAAAACGAACAGGAAUAGUAGACUCUAUAACAUUUCAUCUUGAAAGUUGCAGAUAGCAGUUGGCCAACCACAAUAACAUCAUUUUUACCUAUCGUUGACUCUAUGAAGGUGCAGUAAAACACCCUUUUAUUCCUCAUUCACUCUCCUUAAACUGGGACAACCUGUGCUGCAUUUACAGCCUGUUUGAAAUUGAAGCUGCCGCAGCUGCUUCUUCAUUGGCUCAGCUAUUAAACGACUUUGACCUCUGUCUGCACUGCAGCUUUUCCUCGUUUGCUCAGCACAAGAAAAGGAAAUAAAUCAAAUUGCAAACUGCUUGUGUUCAUUCACCACAUAGUUCACCUCCGCCCGUGGUAUCACCUAAAAUAGCUUGGCUAAUUUUAGGCCGACUGUCACGAUAUAUUUGCUGGUGAAACGAUUCAUAAAGUCAGUCCAACAUGUGAUUGUGUGGUCCAUCAAGUUGUCUUAUGUAUGUAAACAUGCCAAAGACGAAUAUCCUUCGAAACAGACCAGAACUGAAGCGUGCAGACGUCAGAGAUUCAACAAAUAGCACUCAAUAACACCUGAUGUUUAAAAUGAGCAAUUGAAGUACAGUGUUUCCUGUUUCACCAUGUUAUUGAGUAUAUUUGUACCACACAGUAUUACACUGCACAAUUUUCUCCUUUGCACCAACAGGCACAGUUUGAAUAGCAGGUGGAUCAUAUUGGUUUUUACUGUGGACGUUUAAACAGCUGAUGUAUGCAGUAAAUGUGUGCAAUUUUAAACAUGUAAUCCUAUGAGAACAAGGCUCUGUUCACUUUGUUUGAUGACAUCUUUUAGCUCUUUCUUUUUCUCUUUUGGAAAAGUAAAUAAAUUAUGUGAAUCUUAA